UGUACAAAUUCGCAUGCAGAAUUGCCGUUCCGCCAGCGAUUAGUCUGAUUCGCGUGAUUCGUUUUUCUGUAGACUAUGUUAUUUUCAAGCUAAAAGUUCACUGUGAGGAUGGGGGCGAAUCGCCCAAGGAUAAUUUGAAUGUUCCGUUCAGAGUGGAUUUUCCGGAGAGUUUCCAUGAUAUUUUUCCGCCACACCACGAAUUCCGUGGCUGCCCGUUGACGCUGAAGGCUGCUACGAAGAUCGAGUGUGCACACAAAUGCGCUCUGAAUCCCACGUGUCGUUCAAUCUACUUUAAGGAUAAGGAGAAAAACGGUGUUCACAUGCAACAGGCGGAUUCACUCCUCCCUCACU